AUGGGGCAAGUAACACCGCAACAACAGUUCGGCCCUUCACAUACAUUGCAGUUUGCGCUGGAGAAGCAUCUGCAGGAAAAUGCGCCGGUUACUCCUUCAAAAUCUCCUAACAAGAUCAGGCUCACAGAAUCGGAAGGCGACAUUCGCAAUGUGCUCGACGAAUAUCCAACCAGAUUGGGUCUGUCUCAUGUGCUUGAACUCGACGAAGUUCGAAAUGACCGAAGUACGAACGCCAAGGCUGCUACUCCAACAAUACCCUUCAGUCGGCAGCCUAAUACGCACUUUGUCUUUGAUGAACCCUUGCCCACAAAUCCAAAUAAUAGUCCGGCGUCUGAAAGCGAGCAGGCAACCCAGCUUUCGUCUGCGCACCUGUACCGCGAUAAAAACAGAAAAAGUACGCUCUCUUCACAUAAGCCUAACAUCAUCUCGAUCACCUGGCCAGAUUGCAGCUCAAAGAAAGUCCAAGCCAACUUUUUGAAAAACGAAGGUGGAAGCAUUUGGAGACCGCCAAGGCCACCAAAGCCUCCUUUCCUCACUAAUGCUGCUGGAGAGGGUUCCAAGCCUUCUGGCCAAGCACAACCUCGAGCAAGUAUAAUCUCACCAGAGCGCAAGCACACCAAGCCAUCGCCCCGCGCAAGUCUUCCCCAGCCUCGAAGAUGGCCUCGACCACAUUCUCGCUUUGUGGAAAAUCUUCCUUCGGAAGAGAAAAAUGCUUCAACUGUGCAGAAGAAGGAGGCAUGGAUCAAUUCAAGCCCACCUAAGCCUCAUCAUCAGCGGAAAAUCGCCCAUCGCGGUACUGAGAAUGCCUACCGUGUUUUAUUAGGCGACCCAGACAAGCCAUAUCCAGCUGCAAUACCUACCAAUGAUAGAUUACCACUGCUUCGGGCUGUACUUUCGCCUGACUCCCGAAUCGCAUUCUUGAGGUCACUCAACACCGACUAUGGAGCCUCAUCUGGCAGACUGACAGAGAAUAAAUUUCCAAAGCAUUUAGCUGGUUUGCUGUCGCGCCCUUCAAGAUUGAUUCCCCACUGGCAGAAGCUAAGCAGCUCCACUCCGAUAAUAUUGAGCCUAUACCAACCUCUGUACAGCCCGCGGUGCUCCUCGUUACUUCAAGUUUCAUACAUGGUGCACGUGGAAGCUGUCUUACCAGCCGACCGGAAACGUACUGCAGAUUCCGAACAGGAUGUGCCUUCUUUCCAUACUUCAAUGGAUGGGUAUACACGUCUUUUCCAACUCCGCCUCCCUAUGCCCACCUUAUGCUUCGACAUCGUCCGGCUAUUCGUCAUUGGCAUGCGGCAUCCGAUCUUAAUGACCGUUGCAUCGCUAUUCGUCUGUGUCUUCGCAAUUAUCCUACGAUUCCUUGCUGGUAUGGGUUUUCACAGUCUAUUCAGGCUUCAUGAAGACCGCCCUUAUUCGGAAGAGGAAGAUUCGGAUCCCGUUGCAUUCGAAAAGUGA